GGAGAAGGGGCUAUAAUGGCCAAUAUUGGCCUCAAUUUCGAGAAUUUUUCAAAUUCUACUUAUUCGUAUGUGUAUGGCUUUCUUUUUGCGUUGGACAUAUUCAUUUUAUGAAAAAAAUGUUUUUUUGUAGUUAUGACGUCACAAUGCUGUGUUUUGACAUCACUUCACGUGCAUAUUUGCUGGCUUUUCGCAAUUUUUUUGUCAUUUUCACUAAGUUUUUUUACGAAAAAAGUACCAGCGCAUUCUUGCCCCAACAAAAUAUUUUGUCAGAGCCAUAAUAUCAACAAAAAGCAUCUUAUGUUGAAAUAUUUUCAUGGGGCAAAGCUGCGCUCAUACUGAAUUUCAAUUAAAAACUUGCUCAAACCGGCAUCAAAAAUCUAAAAUUAUCGUCCGUUUUUCAUAUAUACCGGUACGCAAAUUUUGUCAGACUAAGAGUUGACCAGGAACAGAUGUAUUUUUUUAACAGAAUUUUUUGUCAAUGGUUGAUAACAAUAAAGUUUGGCUAUAGAUAGUAAAUAACAAAGUGUUUGUCUUCAUUUUUUUUUGGUAUAUAUAUAUAUAUAACAUAGCCUCUCAAGCAUAGCCUAGCCCUUGCGUAUAUUUUUUGUAAACGAUUACGGAACUGACGCACGGAAUUUUACUAGAGCUGUUGUUAAGAAGCUUUUUAUAGCGGAAUAGAAAUCAGCGUAUCAUUCGUUAAAUACUUGAUAUUACCAGACAGAAUUGAAAGAACUUAAUAUAAUUUAAAAGAUGUGAUCAUAUUUUUGAAAAUGGUGGAAUUCGUACUCCGUGAAAGACAUAAAUGGAUUCUGCAGACAGUGGACCUAAAUUAUUACAUGAUAAUUUCCUUGUAGAAUUAAAAAUGAAAUGGACAUCAUAAGAAAGGGACGAAAAGAUUUUAAAUGCAUAUUGUGUGAAAAAAGAACAAAACCUGGAAAAAGAAGACCUUUGUGUGGAGAAGCAAAUAAAAAUCUGCGCAAUUUUCUUAGUAAGAGUUUCCUUGUUUUACCUAAUGAUGAUGACGUUAUAUGUGAUACUUGUCGACGGAAAUACUACAGAGAAGAGCAAGCACAAGUAAAUACACCAACUGUUCUUACAACUGAUACAAAUACAAAUGAUCCUGAUUUUAUGCCACCAUCCGCACCUAAAAGAGCAAAAUUAAGUUCUCCUUUAUCAAUAUCGCUUCCUAUUUCUUCAACAAUUAAAGGUCAUGCACAAUGUUGUCUUUGCAAAAAGCGUGGUCCAAAACUUAUGGUUGUUCCCCAAGAAGCACGAUUUAACACAUUUUUGGAAAAGAAUAUAAUUAUUCCUGCCGGAUCACGUUGCUGUCCUCGUCAUUUAUGUACUGAAGGUUUUACAAAAGAAGCUAACGAAGACAUAACAAGUGUGUAUACUGUUUCUGACUUCAAUCGCAGCGGACUACUUGAAUUGAUCGAUACAAUUAGAGAACAUGCUUUAAAAAAUAAAAACGCUAGAAUUGACUUUGAUAAAUCUUCUUCUUUAAAUGACACAGAUUUUCGAAAUUUGACUGGCUUAACAAUAACUGAUUUUGAAGACUUAUGUUCUCACAUUCCAAACUCAGCUAUAAGAGAUACUCGAGUACGAAGCAUGAGAACAUGCAUUGGUAUAUUUUUGACCAAACUUCGUUCGGGGAUGUCUAAUAAGAUAUUAGCAACUUUGUUUAAUAUAAGCAAAGAUUCUAUCAGGAAAGCUAUAUCAUCCGCAAGAGAUGCAGUUAAACAGCACUUUGCACCAAAAUAUUUAGGUUUUGAUCAUGUAUCCAGAGAAAGUGUUAUACAAAACCACACUCGUCCACUGGCACAAACACUAUUUGGUGAUAUCACAAACACAACUGCUAUACUCGUAAUUGAUGGUACUUAUAUUUACAUACAAAAGAGUGGACAAUUUAAAUUUCAACGUAGUACAUAUAGCAUGCACAAAUACCGCAACCUGAUUAAGCCAAUGAUGUUUGUAACUACUACUGGAUACAUUGUAAGUGUGAUUGGACCCUACCUUUGUAACAGCAAAAACAAUGAUGCCAAAAUUUUGAACUCAAUUUUUAAAAAUAACUUGGAGAAAAUUAAGGAAUGGUUUGAAACAAAUGAUGUUGUUGUGGUUGAUCGGGGAUUUCGGGACAGUAUUGACCUCUUAGAAGAAUUUGGUAUUCAAAUUAAAAUGCCAAGCUUUCUCAAACGUAACGAGAAGCAACUUUCGGUUGAAGAUGGUAACACAACACGUCUAGUAACAAAGAUCCGCUGGGUUGUUGAGUCCGUUAAUGGUAGAAUCAAGCAGUGGCGAUUGCUUGACAAAGUAUUACCCAAUUCCCUUAUACCGUAUGCUGGUGAAUAUACACGUUUUGUCAGUGCCAUAUGUAAUAAGUAUAGACCACCACUUAAUUCUGGUAAUGAAACUGAAGACCUUCUCUUAGGUACAAAAAUGCUUCACAUGUCAAAGAAGAAAAAUGAGCUCAUGGAACGAGUAUCAAAUGAAAACUUGCAUUCCAGAAGUGGUAGGUGGCAAAAAAUAGACGGCAACGAUUCAGUUGAAGAUUUUCCGAAGCUAUCGGAGGAUGACAUCAGGGACAUAACGCUCGGUGUAUACCAGCUUAAACUAGCUAAGAGUUAUACUGAGGAACAUUUAGAAAAUGACGAAUACUAUGAAGUCAUGCAACAGGGACAUCAACUCAUUAGGGUUAGAAUGGCAAGUAGGCAUACAAGCAGCAAAUCGCAUAAUCUAUGGAUUACAUACGAUGACUGCUGCAUAAAGGCUUGGUACUGUACUUGCAAGGCCGGAGCUCGAAUUGUUGGCACUUGUAGUCAUAUUUCCUCAGUGAUAUGGUUUCUCAGUUUUUACCGGCAUCAAAGUUGCAAAGGAAAUCAAGCAAAGCAAUGGAGGGACUAUGUCCAUGAUGCUAAUCAGCCGGAAGUCAUUGAUGAUAGUGACAGUGAACCCGAGGAGUAAACAUUAAACAUUUGUAUUCUAUACUGAACAAUUACUUGGCCAUAUAGGGCAUAUCGUAUAAUGUCAAUUUUGUUUUGUAUGUCAUUGUUGGAAAUGAAACUAACGUACGUCGGUAUCAGGGUACCACUAUGUGGAAUAUUAGCAACAACUGUCAAUUUUAUAUAAAAAAACAGCAGUUAAAGUGUUUUUGCCUGAUAUAUACAUGUACUUCCUUUAACAUUUCUAAAGCAAAAAACAAAUGUCAAAUAUGAUGGCUUGACUGAGAUUUUUUCUAAAUUUUUUAAUGGUGAUACUUAAGAAGUUUUUCCAUUAUAUUUAAUAUUCAAUCAUGCUUAAUUUCAGUACGGAAAAUCUUAAACAACAAUUGAAAUGAUUUUAAUUCAAGUUUCAUGUGUAUUUGCAGAUGUCGAAUAUAGAAGGGAAGACAUUUAUUGCAAUAGUUAAAUUGGUAAAUUCGAACACUGAAUUGUUACACCAAACUGGCAUAAUUAUUAUUGAUAGCAUAAUACCUGAAUUUGUGAUAACUGUUGCUUAAAAAAAAAUCAUAAUCAUUGUCUAGUAAGACGAGUUUCUUAAAUCAACAGUUUUGUUGAUCUGAUAUACUAUCUCCUGAUGUAGCACUUGUAACCUUGGCAACAUUUAAAAAAGGAAGGUUGAGGUAAUAAAAAAAUGGGGUGGGGGUGGGGUAGGGGGAUGCACAUUAUAUUUUUUAAUUUGAUAUGAAGAACAUGUGAAAUGUUUAUAAAGAUAAACGUGCUAAGAAUAUUUCAGUUUUUAAGAAGGUUGAGAAGUUGUUGAAAUGUAUAGUUUAUGAAAUUGCGAACUUUAUUCAUAUAUUAUCUCUAUACUAGUACUGUACGAUUUAAAUGUUAUACCUUCUUUGUGUUUUUAUCAACAGACUACAUAAAAGUACACACAAUACUCAUUUUGGUAAUUCAAGGUAAAAGAAUACACAAACAAUACUUGCUGAUUCUCUCUUGUGAAAAAAAUUCUGUAAUUUAGCCAUGCAUAGAACAAAAUGUUAACUUUGUUGUUACCAUAGCAACUAUAUUACUGAUAUUAAAUAGUUAAACUUUA